AUGAUGUGCUCACAACUCUACCUCUGUAGAGUCGGCAGGCCUGUUGGUCAAGAAAAGUCAGAAAUUUCUCAUCAGGAGUUCGAGGUUCUACCUCUCAACUUCCCAAAGCAACAAGCUACAGGCCAAGUUGCGUCUGCACAAGGACAAUCUGGUGAUUAUGAGAGUGUGGCGGAACCAUACAGAAGUGAAACUGCCAUUGAAGAGCACUUUCGUCCGCAAAAAGAUUUGGCUUCAAACGCAUUCACAAUGUGGCAUACUCUUUCUGAGCUUUUGCAUCCUGAAAACACUGUUGCUGAAUCCAUUCAUGUAAUUAAAUUAAGAUCCAGUGUUCAGGAGAUUUCAUCAAUGUGCAAGGAUCUCUGA